UUUUUUAAGUGUAAUAUAACUCUAAAAAUAUGUUAAGUAUCUAGUUUGAGCUUGACUUGGCCCAUUCGUAUGAAAGGAAGAGAGGAAGACUGAAGACAAAAGACCAACUUAAUUCUAACCUAACUCAGCAAACAAAACAGAACAUUACAAUACAAAACAAAUUACAAAAUCCGUCGCGCGACCAGUGGUGGCCAGUUUACUCACGGUGUGGAUUUAUUUAUUUAUUAACCAACAAAUUGCCCAUUUUGAGGGAAAGUACACGAUUUAUGUAAAAUGUACCUAUGACAACUAACUUGUUGAGUAGGCUACACAAGUAAGUAGUAAGUAGUGAAAAUAAACUAUGGAAGCAACAAGAGUAUCAAGAUUCAAGAACAAGACAUAACCUCAAAUCAGUUAACUUAAGUGUGCUGAUAUUUUGUUUAGUGUGUGUCACUGUUAGUUUAGAGUUGUUAUUUUUGUGACUGGGUAUUGGCAUAACCUACACCGAACAUCUUUUCACGUUUUGAUCCUUGGAGUAUUUGAUAACUCUGCAGCUUUGGUGGAAGUUAUUAUUUGGUAGCAGUGAAUAAUUUGCCUACGGUACCAAUUCUCCCGAGUGACAAAGUGGCUGUCUAGCAGCCUGUAGGCUGGGAAGGAGGAAUAAAUUUUUCUUUUGCAAUCUGCAUCUGAAGCCAGCUAUCUUGUACGCAGUACCGGUACGCAAGAACACUAGGAUCGUGGUGUAAUGGAAAUAUAUGUUGUUGCUACUAUAAUCAAGAAUUGGCUUCGCCCAGCAAAGUUUAGGAUUGAUGCAAGUCAACAUCGUGUACUUCGGUGUGGGCGAGAGCAAUGUGUGGACUUCCCCCGCUAUUCCCCGCCUGCGAGAAGCAGGGAGUCGCCUCUCGGGAGCCGCUGCGGGGCUUGACGAGGCUUGGCUUGUGUCAUGCUUUGCCAUUGGUCAAGUCCUCGGACCUCUCAUCAGCGGAUGUCUUCUAGACUCCCUGGGUCGCAAGCCUACCACCUUCCUCAUCAUACUGUUCCUACUCAUCAGCUGUGCUCUGCUGGCUGUGGCCUCUAGCGCUCAGGUUCUCUACUGUGCCAGAGUGAUUGGAGGCUUCUCCUUUGGCAUGAGCGUGUCUGCUUUGCCUGUUUAUAUUGCUGAACUAUCAGAUCCCCACAUACGAGGGACCCUAGCCUCUCUACCGCUGGCAUCUCGGUCCCUAGGCUACUUCACCAUGUAUGCAGUAGGGCCGCAAGUAAGCUACGUGGGGCUGGCCAUAGUCAGUGUUGCUGCUCCGCUCGUUGCACUCUUAAUAUUCUUCCUCUUACCAGAGUCGCCGUACCUGCUGCUGGCCAGAGGAAAGGUAGACAGAGCCACUCAGACCAUCCAGUGGCUCAGACGAGGGGCGUCUAAGGAGACGGUUCAAGCAGAAGUUAAUUUGAUACAGAAAGCUGUAGAAGAGAUGAAGAUGAGCAAGAGAGGUUUUCGAGACCUGUUCUCAAACAGAGCGAGUAUCCGAGCCUUGUAUAUCAGCUGCGGACUGUUGUUCUUCCUUCAGAUGUCUGGCGUCCCUGUGAUCAUGUCAAUCACUGAAUCAUUAUUUGAUCUAGCUGAGGUGGAUAUCCCAACAAAGUUGUGCACACUAGUGUUCGGAGGAUUGAUGUUGAUUGUAGGACUAAUGGGUCCAACAGUCACUCGCCACUUUGGUUACAAGAAACCUCUUCUCAUAUCUGCCCUCGGCAGUUGUCUAUCCCUGGUAGUGUUUGGUACUCACUUUUACCUCAUCAGUCUCGGACACGACAUGAAAAACUUCAGUUUAGUCCCUCUGGUGAGCUUGGUGGCUUACAUCAGCUUCUAUUCUCUAGGUUUCUCCAACAGUGCGUUUGCUGUAGUAGGAGAGUUAUUUGCGCCCAAUGUGAAAGCCCUUGGGACAUCUCUCACCAACAGCAUAGGCUUUGCCUGUGCCUUGCUCUCCAUCCAGAUAUACUACGCAGUCAAGUCCACCUUCGGUAUCCACUUUGGCAUCUGGAGUUUCGCCUUGACAAACGCCUUUGCUGUGCCUUUCACAUACUUCUUUGUUCCCAACACAAGUGACAAAAGUCUUGUAGAGAUUCAAGAAAUGCUCAGUAGACCGUGGUUUGACAAAAAGAACAAGAUUGCUCCAGUGGAGAAGUACACGAUGAAAGAAGUGUAUUGACUUUACCAAACAUAGGGUAACAAUGACAGAGUUUGAGUUAGUGACUUGAAGUGCUUUGCUGUGAUCAACUUUGAACUGUAAAUAUGUUGUACAUACUGAUUUAGAUGUAGUUAUUGUAACAGUAAUUUGAAUGUACCAGUGAGAAAUGAAGUAUUCCUUAGUUGUAGGACAUUUGUACAGUUUUUCAUAAAAAAAACAUGAUAUUUAAAAUGUAUAUUGAAUAAUGAUUACCACU